CUAACAAUAAAUUUUUAUUGAACUUUGAUCUUCUUGAAUGAUUAAAGUUCAAAAACCCCGUUUAAAAAUAUAUAUAACAAGGAGAGAUAGAGAGCAUUUCCAAUCAAUUGCUCUUAAGUACAGGAGACCACAAGCUAGCUAGGGUUACUUCCGUAAUAGUAUACGUAACUUACAACAUGCGGUAGAGUUUUUCAGUAUGCGCAUAACACAUGACAGUAAGUUAUAUGUACUUAUAAAAUUAGAGGGACAUUUGAAAAAAAAAAUAAUAAUAAAAUAAAAAAUAAAAAAUAUCUCCUCUUAUCAUAUAAUGAUAUGUGAUAUACAACCCCAUAUUCUGAACACACUGAAAAAUUUCUCCUAUCUGGAUGGAUUAUAUUUUAGGGUGGGUUUUACUAAAAUACCAUGUCAUUGACUGGAUGCAGACUAAAAGCUCCCAUAUAAAAUCCCACACUUCUUUAUAAACCCCACAAGCAUCUCAAGCAUUACCACUUCUUCUCUUCUCCACAUAAGAUGGCCAAACUUCAAACAAAUCUGCAGCAUGAUGUAGUGAAACCCUACAAUUCCAGAGGAUAUUAUCCUCACAAAGCCAAAGGGAUAUCCUUAUUAGCCUUUUUCUUCUCUAUAUUUAUUUAUAUUUGCAUCUUCUAUUUUUUUAACCUCUCCCUUUCAACUCUCUUUAAGAACUCCAAGUUUUGGUUUGCCAUAUCCAACACCCUCAUCCUCAUCAUCGCCGCCGACUACGGCGCAUUCUCUUCGGCCUCCAAAGACCAACAAGACCAUCUUUACCAAGAGUACAUGAUGCAUAGCCAAGCUCGAAGUGCUUCCUCAUUUGUUUCUCAAUACCCUCAAAUUGUCAACAAAAGCAGUCCAAGGCAAUUAGAGGCGGGAAACAAUAUGAAAACAAAGAUUGAAGAAGUAAUCCUCGUUGCUCAAAAUACAGAAGUUAUCCAAGAAAAGAAGGUAAUCCACGUAUCAAAAGGCGAUGAUCAGAAUAAAGGUUGUGGAACUGGCAGAGAAAAUGUUCAGGCAAAAACUUAUCAGCGAAGUAAGUCUGCAAAAGCGAAGGGAGGGAUGAUCAAUGAGAGCAAGAACACUUUAAGGAGGUCAGAGACAACUGAUCAGAAGCGCAAACAAACUGCUGAUGAAGACAAUGAAUUUUCGACCAUGUCGGAUGAAGAACUGAACAGAAGAGUUGAAGAGUUUAUUCAGAGGUUUAAUAGACAAAUUAGGCUUCAAUCAGCAGCUACAACCUUCCCCUAAGUCUAGAAAUUGUUCCAUGCAUAUAUGGAAUAUCAAAGAGAGUAUAAGUAGAUCUUCCAUAAUUUUGCUGCCUUCUUUCUUCAACUCUUUUUUUUCUCUUUCGUUCGUCUGUCAAUAAUAUGUAAAUGCUUUGGACUUUAGUAUGAAUAUAUAUGUAUUUACUUUUGGUCUCA